AUGUUCAAGAAGGAAAUCAACCCAGCUCCCAAGCAAAAACUCAAGUCGUCAGUCCAGCGGUCGCUGCGACAAGCCCUGCUGUCGACGUACCCGCUUAUGACGCCCUACAUCGAUGAGAUCCUCCCCAAGAAGAGCUCUCUCGAGAGCAUGAAGCUUCCCGACCGCAAUACCCUCUACGUCCUGGACAACGUGCCCUUGUUCUACCAGCAGGACACCGGCGAGGUUAUGCCCCACCUCCGUCUCGUCCAUCGCUUCCCCCAGGCUUUUCCCACGAUACGGAUUGAUAGGGGUGCCAUUCGAUUCGUCCUCAGUGGGGCUACUCUGAUGGCUCCUGGCCUGACGAGCAAGGGAGGCAGGCUGCCUGUGGAAGGCGCUGCUCCCAAGCUGGAGGAGGGGAAGGAGCUGGAUCAGAAGGUCGACGAGGACGGCAGGUGGAGUCGGGAGCUGGAAAAGGGAGAGCCCGUCGUCAUCAUGGCUGAGGGCAAGGAGGAGGCCUGCGCUGUCGGUGUCUUGGUUGCUGGGACUGCCGAGGUCAAGGCCAAGGGCAAGGGGCCUGUCGUCGAGGAUGCGCACUUCCUCGGCGAUGGUCUGUGGAAUUUGGGCACCGAGUGA